UGUUGUGCGGAGCUCCAAUAUACUAAAUUUAGGCCAAAAUAAAAUUUAAUAGUGGAUUGAAGAUGAUGUCAGUUCUUUGGAAUUUAUUGGAUCCUUGUCCAAAGAGUGUGGAUUAAAAAUGUGUUGUUUGAGGUCGAUAGAAGUGCUCCUGUGGGAGGAAAAAAGAAUGCAGAUUUCUGUGACUUUUGGCUCUCCCCGUUGUUUACUCAGGUCGUCUUCCUAUUACAGACCCAAACCUAGUCAUAUCCCCAUGCCCGGUCCUUGUCCCCUUCCCAUCUUGAAGAAGAAGAAGUUAGUGGCAACGCGACUAGAAGCCAGAAAGCAGCAGGGUGAAAUAGAUACUUCAAAGAGUGCAAGUACAGCCCCGAGGCAUCUCUGGCCAUUAGUAGGACUCUCUCUCUCUGCGACAGGCUUCUUCUUGGGCCCCCUUAUUGAUGGAAUACAUUCCAGAGUCCAUCUAGUUGUGUACCAAAAUGGGGCAAUUGAUGUUGCUUCUCUUCACACAAAUAUAUGGGUUCCACCUUUGCUUGGCUUAUUUUACUGCUCUGUGGGUUUGCUGCACUUGCUGCUUGAGCACAACUUCUCUUCUCAGCAGCCUCCAGAGGAUAGCUUAGAAAUCACGACUGUCGCUUCCCUUGUAUCAUUGGUGUUAUUCACUGAAUCGAGUGCUGAAAUGUACAAAGCCGGAGUUCCAGACAACGUCGAAGCCUAUGUCUUGUUUGUAGGAGCAGAACUCAUAUGGUUGUUGCUGGAUAGAACAAGACUUGGAUUUGCAUUAGCCUGUGUUGUAGGUCUUGCCUGCCCACUUGCUGAGAUCCCUGCAAUGGAAUGGUUUAAUUUGUGGUAUUAUCCUCAAGCAAACAUCCACAUCUUUGGACAGGGGCUAGUCACUUGGACAAUUACUUGCUAUUUUGUCUACACACCUUUCUUGAUCAACCUCUCCCGUUGGCUGAAAUCAAUCAUUGCUGCUGCAAUUGCGCAGGCAAAAUCUGUUUAGAUUCCAUCAUUGGCCCACUUGAGAGGAAACCACAUCCACUUCAACAGAAAAUUGAGAUGUUCCGAUAAUUGAUCCUCUAGCACCAUUACUUGAUAAUAGUUACAAUCAAAUGGACGACUGAACAAUUGUAAAGGAUACAAAUUUAGAGAGGGGUAGAUAGACAAACAAAUAGUGGGAGAGAUUGCAUUAUGUUUGUGAGAAAUAUAAAAAAAAAUAUUAUUAAAUUGUAUAUCUACAUUAUUACACAGAGAUCUUAUUUAUAGACACUAUAAUACAAUCAUUUACCAAGUAUGAUACUAUUUACUAUU